ACCAUCAUUUAUUUUUUAUUCUUUCUUUCAAACUAUAUUUUAAAACGAUCAUUUCACUGAGGUAGAUAUGAGAGAGUGCAUUUGUUUACAAGUCGGCCAAGCAGGAUGCCAAAUAGGGAGUUCAUUUUGGCAAUUAUGUUGCUUAGAGCAUGACAUUCGCUCGGAUGGAAUGAUAAACGAUCAGUCGGCAUAUGAAAACAGAGUAAUUAAAGAUAGUAUAAGAUCUUUUUACGAUGAAACCACGACGGGAAAAUUCGUCCCUAGAACGUUAUUUGUAGACUUAGAGCCUUCCGUUAUAGAUACAAUCAAGAAUAGCGCUCAGAAGGAUUUGUUUCAUCCUUCUAACAUGAUCACGGGUAAAGAAGACGCUGCCAACAAUUAUGCUAGGGGUCAUUAUACUAUAGGCAAAGAUGUGAUAGAGCCAACUCUAGAAAAAAUUAGAAAAAUGAUUGAAUUUUGCGAUGGAUUUCAAGGAUUUUUUUUCAUAAAUAGUAUGGGAGGUGGAACCGGCGCUGGGUUCACGUCUUUGUUGUUGGAAAAAUUGGAAGACUUUAAUAAGAAAUGCAAGUUGCAAAUCGCCAUAUUUCCCGCUCCACAAGUAUCGACUGCUGUAGUCGAACCUUAUAACACAGUUUUUGCCACGAAUUCCACUAUGGAAACCACGGAUUGUACGUUUGUUAUGGAUAAUGAAGCUAUUUACAAUAUAUCUCACUCAAAGUUGGACGUGGAAAGGCCGACUUACACAAAUCUCAAUAACUUAAUCAGCCAGGUCUUAUCAUCUUUAACAGCAUCCUUAAGAUUUGACGGACAACUAAAUGUAGAUAUGUGCGAGUUUCAAACGAAUCUAGUUCCUUACCCGAAAAUUCAUUUUCCGAUAUCAAGUCUAUCUCCAUUGAUAUCUGUAGAAAAAGCAAAUCAUGAGCAGCUUUCGUCGCAUCAAAUAACCUCCGAGUGUUUCGAUGCUAAUAAUCAAUUAGCAAAAUGCGAUCCUAAAACUGGAAAAUACAUGUCAUGUUGCUUACUAUAUCGUGGAGAUGUUUUGCCUAAAGAUGUAAAUCAAGCCAUAGCGCAAUUAAAAUGCAAAAGGCAAAUUCGUUUCGUAGAUUGGUGUCCAACUGGUUUCAAGAUAGGCUUUAAUCAUCAACCAGCGUCGGUGAUUCCAGGUUGCGAAUUAGCUCAAGUCAGCAGAACUGCUUGUAUGUUGAGCAAUACAACAUCUGUCAAAAGUUUGUGGAGCAGGAUCAAUCACAAAUUUGACUUAAUGUACAAAAAAAGGGCUUUCAUUCAUUGGUAUGUGGGAGAAGGAAUGGAAGAAGGUGAAUUCCACGAGGCUAGAGAAAAUUUAGGGUGGCUGGAAAAAAAUUACGAUGACAUUGAAGGUGAAGGGGAGCCUACGACUCAUCUAGAAUACUAAAUAAAAAUGGUCUUUUAAAUGUUGGUAAAGAUUUCUUUUAUAAACUCAAAAUGAUGUGGUCUAUUUUUAAUUUAAAUGUUUUAGUUCUA